AUGGUGAUCACUACUACUAUAGUAGAUUCUGAUGAGAAUCUGAACUCCACUUUUGCUUCCAGAUAUGUUCGCACUCCACUUCCUAGGUUCAAGAUGCCGGCGAAUUCAAUGCCAAAGGAUGCAGCAUACCAGGUGAUAAGUGAUGAGCUGAUGCUGGAUGGAAAUCCAAGGCUCAACUUAGCAUCUUUUGUAACAACAUGGAUGGAACCUGAGUGUAAUGAUCUCAUCAUGGCUUCCAUUAACAAGAAUUACGUCGACAUGGAUGAAUAUCCUGUUACGACUGAGCUACAGAAUCGAUGUGUAAAUAUGAUAGCCCACCUGUUCAAUGCUCCUGUUGGGGAUAGUGAAACUGCAGUUGGUGUGGGGACUGUGGGAUCAUCAGAGGCAAUAAUGCUGGCCGGAUUAGCUUUUAAAAGGAAGUGGCAGAAUAAGAGGAAAGCAGAGGGCAAACCGUACGAUAAGCCCAACAUAGUCACAGGAGCUAAUGUGCAGGUUUGCUGGGAGAAAUUUGCAAGGUACUUUGAAGUUGAACUGAAGGAGGUGAAGCUGACGGAAGGGUAUUAUGUAAUGGACCCGGUGAAAGCAGCUGAGAUGGUGGAUGAGAACACAAUCUGUGUUGCAGCCAUUUUGGGAUCAACACUUACUGGAGAGUUUGAAGAUGUGAAACUUCUUAAUGAGCUUCUCACCAAAAAGAACAAGGAGACUGGUUGGGAUACGCCGAUUCAUGUUGAUGCUGCCAGUGGAGGGUUCAUUGCUCCUUUCCUUUGGCCUGAUCUUGAAUGGGAUUUCCGUUUGCCAUUGGUGAAGAGCAUCAAUGUUAGUGGUCACAAAUAUGGCCUUGUUUAUGCUGGCGUUGGUUGGGUUGUUUGGAGGACCAAGGAAGACUUGCCAGAUGAGCUAAUAUUUCACAUCAACUACCUUGGAUCUGAUCAACCCACUUUCACCCUCAACUUUUCAAAAGGUUCGAGUCAAAUAAUCGCUCAAUAUUAUCAGUUUAUACGGCUUGGCUUUGAGGGUUACAAAAGUAUCAUUGAGAAUUGCUUGGAGAAUGCAAGAGUGCUGAAAGAUGGAUUAGAAAAAACUGGGCGGUUUGACAUCGUCUCCAAAGACGUUGGGGUGCCUCUUGUGGCCUUUUCUCUAAAAGACAGUAGCAAGCAUACCGUGUUUGAAAUAGCUGAGAGUUUGAGAAGGUUCGGGUGGAUAAUUCCGGCCUAUACAAUGCCAGCUGAUGCCCAAAACAUUGCUGUCCUCCGUGUGGUGGUCAGGGAAGACUUCAGCCGGAGCCUGGCGGAGAGGCUUGUCUUGCACAUUGAGCAAGUUUUGAAGGAAACAGACCUACUUCCUAGCCGCGUUGCCGUUCCAGCAGCGCACAUUGCGGCAACUGUUGACAAAACACGAGAGAACAUGGAAGGUAAGAAGGCUGAUAAAAAGAGUACGAGGGACAUACAUGAGGAAAUCGCUCUGUACUGGAGGCGGCUUGCCAGUGGCAGGAGAGCUGGAGUGUGCUAG